GCCGAGGGAGAGCCGGAGGGGCCGAGGUAGCUCGACGACGACGACGACGACAGCGGCGGCGACAACUCGUAUAACCCAGAUGCAUAGGAAACAAUCGCGAGCAAAAGCGACAAUAAUGACGGCGUUAGAGAUAAGUGGAAACCACGACAAUAAAUAUGCAAGACUGAUACCGCUGGAGGAAAGGAUAACACUGCCCGUGUAGAAGGAGAUAGUGGCGUAUCGAUUGCGCGGCGAAAUAUCCCCCUUCGCUUCGCAGCACGGACGAAACGCUCGUGCGAGAAACUUCGCCAGCCAGUACACCGCGUGUCUUCCCGCGAGAGGAGUACUUGGAGUAUAUAUACCUGGGGGAGUACUUCGAAUAUCGACUAACCUCUGUACGGAGCGGAGGUGAGAACAUGGAAAUCGCGCGCGGCGCGCCUCCUACCACCGAUCGCGACUCCGUCAACGUCCCGGCGAUCCCGUGGUGCGUGAGUUCUUAGGCGAGGCAAGCAGAAGAGAAACGCGAAGAGAUGUCACUGAAUCACAGAUACUACGUAACAACGAUACCGGACGAGGGCGAGGACAAUUUUAAGAUGCCCAGAGCUUCCGUGGUACACAUGACAUCGACGGCGACGAGACCGCAGCACAUGUCACAGGUCCUGGCGACCCUGGCAUUAUCUAUGGGAACUCUAUCUUCCGGGUUGGCCAAGGGCUACACGUCGCCAGCGUUGGACUCUAUCUUGGAUAAUCAACGGCCGCAUCUUUAUCAGUCGUCCAACAAUGACACAUGGUCGGCUUUCUCGGUUACGCAACAGGAAGCUUCGUGGGUCGCUUCCCUGUCCAUGCUGGGCGCCUGGUUCGGCGCCAUGAUCGGCGACUGGAUAAUGAGGAGAGGUCGGCGAUUAGCUCUACGUGUGACAUCCUUACCCUUGGCGGCUGCUUGGGUAAUAACAGGAGUCGCGCCGUGCGUCGAGCUGGUGUACGUCACCAGUUUCAUCGGUGGUCUUUGCUGUUCAGUCAUUACCAUGGUGGCACAGGUGUACAUAUCGGAAAUCUCGAUGCCGGGCAUCCGGGGAUGCUUGUCGGCGAUGUUGAAGGUGCUGGGUCACGUCGGCGUCUUGUUGUCGUACAUAGCCGGCACAUACCUGAAUUGGCGGCAAAGCGCGCUGCUAGUGGCGGUCGCGCCGUCGAUGCUCUUUUUGGGGACCCUCUUUAUACCCGAGACACCGUCGUACCUCGUGCUGAACGGCAAAGACGAGGAAGCCGCCAGCAGUUUGCAGUGGCUACGCGGGGAGCACGUUGAUAUACGACACGAGCUGCAGGUGAUCAAAACGAAUAUUCUGGCGUCGAGGGCCAAGCAGUACGAACUCAGCUUCAAGAACAGCGUCUUCACGCCGAGACUGUACAAACCCAUCGCAAUCACGUGCGGUCUCAUGUUCUUCCAGAGAUUCUCCGGCGCGAACGCAUUUAAUUAUUAUGCGGUUCUCAUUUUUCGUCAGACCCUGGGCGGGAUGAAUCCUCAUGGAGCGACCAUAGCGAUCGGAUUUGUACAACUGUGCGCCGCGUUGCUAUCAGGGUUUUUGAUCGAUAUCGUGGGAAGGUUACCACUUCUGAUAGCCAGCACCGUCUUCAUGUCCCUCGCGCUCGCCGGUUUCGGCAGCUACGCGUACUACGUGUCGCAAACGCAAAAUCUGGGCUACGUGGAUUCGGCGGUCGUGGGUCAGCACGACUGGAUACCGCUGCUUUGCGUGCUCGUGUUCACGACCGCCCUCGCUCUGGGCAUAUCGCCAAUUUCCUGGCUAUUGAUUGGCGAACUGUUUCCGCUGGAGUACCGCGGUCUCGGCUCCAGCAUUAGCACGAGCUUCAGCUACUUUUGCGCCUUCUUCGGAAUUAAGCUUUUCAUGGACUUCCAGCAGACUCUCGGUCUACACGGAGCUUUCUGGUUUUACGCCGCCGUGGCGGUGUGCGGCCUGUGCUUCGUGGUCUGCUGCGUCCCUGAGACGAAGGGCAAACAGCUGGACGAGAUGAAUCCGGAUUAUGCGCAAGCACGGUAGUAUAAGGCCUCGUUGACGGGGGGCCUCUCGAACCUCGAAAAGGCGAACAAGCCUUUACCGGGAGGUGCUUAUCCGAACGAACACGAUCCGCGGGAUCUGUACAGCAACGAGGCACCGCCAUCGUCGGUCGUGCCACCGUUGGUCGCGACGACGUCGAGCGUCGCGAUGCCGUCCGCGCGCGCCGCUCACCGCAAGUUGUCCGACUACUGCGGCAUCUUCGCCGAGAAGACCAACCGAAUCGGCCGGAACGUGGAGAGCUUCAUG